CUGGCAGGCUUCCUAAAAGUUACGGUUCCUUAACAUCACAAAUCAUUUCUCUGUUCACGCCUCCCCAGCCCUGUUCCACGUUCCUCCGAUAUGCGCGAAACGAUACGAAGCCGAUAGACCAGCGAAUCAGCCACCGAACCCCGCACGCUUCCUCGAGACGGCAAGGGAGGGGCGCUAAGUCGCGAGGGAGGUUAUCUUGAUUGUGCUACGGCAGGCACAUGCAUUGGGAGGACAGCCCAGCUGGCAUACGCGACAUCAUUAGCCCAACAUGAGCCAGGGCGGCCAAGAUGCGAAGCUCUUUGCGAGGGGCAAAGUUGCGGAACUCCGUGUCGAACUCAACAAUGGCAACAAGAAGGACAAGAACUUCUCUCAGAAGAAGACGGCCCUCAAGAAGAUUGUCGCCAACAUGACCAUGAGCAACAACGACAUGGUCGCGCUAUUCAUGGACAUUGUGGGCUGCAUGCACAUACCGAGUUUGGAGAUCAAGAAGAUGUGUUUCCUGUAUCUCGUCAACUAUGCCAGGAUAAAACCUGACAUUGCGCUCAAAGCGCUGCCCAUCAUACAGGAAGACAUGCACGACAACAACCCCUUAGUACGAGCGCUCGCCCUACGGACCAUGUCCUACGUCCACGUCCGAGAGUUCGUCGAAGCGACCGUGCCACACCUUAAGAACCUCCUCAAAGACUCAGAUCCAUACGUUCGAAAGACGGCAGCUUUCUGCGUGGCGAAGCUAUACGAUCAUGACCGACACUUGGUGGAACAAUCAGAUCUGAUCGACAGGCUGAAUGGCAUGUUACGAGAUGAGAACCCCACAGUAGUGUCAAGCGCAUUGGCAGGGCUCAUGGACAUCUGGGAGCGAAGUGAGAACAUCAAGCUCACAAUCGACUAUGCCAGCGCAUCCAAGAUUGUCCAGAUUCUGCCAGACUGCUCAGAGUGGGGACAGACAUAUAUCCUGGAGGCUAUGAUGAACUAUGUCCCUCAGGAUACCAGCGAAGCCGCGCUUCUCGCUGAGCGCAUAUCGCCACGCCUUUCCCACUCGAAUUCUGCCGUCGUUCUUACCUGCAUUCGCGUUAUUCUCUAUCUAAUGAACUACAUUAGCGACCAGAAAGUCGUCACGUCGUUAUGUAACAAGCUGUCACCACCGCUCGUUACACUCCUCUCCAAAGGACCUGAGAUCCAGUACCUAGCACUACGCAAUGCGCUCCUGAUCCUGCAGCGCAGGCCAGAGGUAUUGCGGAACGAUAUCCGCGUCUUCUUCUGCAAAUACAACGACCCUAUAUACGUCAAAGUGACGAAGCUUGAGCUCAUCUUUAUGCUGGCGACGGAGAGGAAUAUCAAGGAAGUGCUGACAGAGCUUUCUGAAUACGCUACUGAGAUCGACGUCGACUUUGUGCGCAAGUCCGUACGCGCCAUUGGCAAACUUGCCAUCAAAAUCGCGCCGGCUGCACAGUUGUGCAUCAGCACCCUUCUCUCGCUCGUCAGCACGAAAGUCUCAUACAUCGUACAAGAGGCGACCGUUGUCAUCCGCAAUAUCUUCCGGAAAUACCCCAACCAAUACGAGUCGAUUAUUUCAACAUUGUGUGAGAACCUAGACUCACUGGAUGAACCAGAAGCGAAAGCCGCUAUGAUCUGGGUUAUUGGGCAAUACGCAGACCGAAUAGAAGACUCGGAUGUCUUGUUAGAAGACUUCCUGGAUACCUUCCAAGAAGAGACCCAUGAGGUGCAAUUGGCAUUGCUCACUGCCACCGUCAAGCUGUUCAUUCAGAGACCUACUCGCGGCUCCAACCUAGUACCCAAGGUACUCAAGUGGGCAACUGAGGAAACAGACAACCCUGAUCUUCGUGACCGAGGCUACAUGUACUGGCGUCUCCUCUCCUCGGCACCCGAAGAAGCGAAGAAGGUCGUCAUGGGCGAGAAGCCCCCCAUUACUGCCGAGGAGUCCGAGAAACUCGACCCUGGUACCCUGGAGGAGAUGUGUCUCAACGUCGGCACAUUAGCUACUGUGUACCUCAAGCCAGUCAACCAAGUCUUCCGCAGCGCUCGUCCACGUAAACUGCAAGACUCGCCCGCGCUCCAAAAGCACGAACUACCUACUGUCAAAGCAGCACAGCAGGCUCGAGACCGCUCAACCGCCGAACGUUCGCGACUCGACACCGCUACUAACGGUAACGGAUCACUUUCGCCGACGAACGGCAAUGGCAUGGCGAACGCUGUUAGCGAUGCAGACAUGUACUUUGCUAGUGUAGGGAGGCAAAGCACUUUCGGUGGCAGUCCUAUUGCGGAUCAAGUUGGCGGCGGUGCUGGAGGCGGAUGGGUGGUCAAUCAGAAUGAGCCACAGCACAUGGUUUUGAGCCCCGGGGCAAACGACGGGAAUCAGGAUCUUUUACUUUAAAAGGGACAGUCAGUAUUAGUAGAUGUUUGUAGAUAGUGUAAUGAUCACGGGGAGAUGUACAUCACACAAAAA